CCUCUCUCAGAAACCCCCUCCAUAGCAUAACGACGAAGCCUUUGAAAUGAAUAAAACCAAAAAAACCUAGAUAUUCAUACAAAAUUCAUUCAAAACAGAAAAAAUGUCUGUAAAUAGCCAUUACAGCUCAUAGCUCUGUGUUCUCAAACGUGCACCUUUGGUUUUCGAUCAGAUCCAAGUUCAUCAAGCCUGCAUUGUUCGGAUCUGAUCGGAAAAUUCGAAGUUUUUUUGGUUCAUAUCUUCGAAUCUGGUUGAAUCUUGUUAUGUGAUGAUGUUUUGAUAUGUAAAUGAGCUGGACAUUGUUCGAAUUUCAAAUUCGUCCCGACAUUGUUUGGAUCGGAUCGGAGAAAGUGAGGUGGUUGUGGUUUUUGAUUUGAAUUUUGAGGAGUUUUGGGGAUUUGAAGAUUGGCAUUGUUGUAAACUUCGGUGGCAGAUUGGGGAUUAUAGAGGAUUUGGGAAGGAAAGUAAAGGCAAAGGCAAUUCAGGUUGAGAUUGGGAAAUGGCUUCGUUAUCUGCGAUCAGCGAGGAGCUUGCGGAGAUCGACGGACAAAUCGCCGAUAUCUUCCGUGCUUUAUCAAAUGGGUUUCAGAAAUUGGAGAAGAUGAAGGACUCCAACAGACAGAGUAGGCAGUUGGAGGAGCUCACUGGAAAGAUGCGUGAAUGCAAGAGGCUUAUCAAGGAGUUCGAUAGAGAAGCAAAGGAUAUGGAGUAUCAAAAUGACCCAGACACCAACAAGAUGUUGAAUGAUAAAAAGCAAUCAAUGGUCAAAGAGUUGAAUUCAUAUGUCGCUCUUAAAAAACAAUAUGCAAGCAAUCUUGAAACCAAGAGAGUUGAUCUCUUUGAUGGACCUGGGGAAGGGCUUGGUGAAGAAAAUGUCUUGCUAGCUUCAUCUAUGACAAAUCAGCAGCUAAUGGAUAAGGGAAAUCACAUGAUGGACGAGACUGACCAGGCCAUUGAGAGAUCAAAAAAGGUUGUUCACGACACAGUAAAUGUUGGAACAGAGACUGCAGCAGCUCUCAAGGCACAGACUGAACAAAUGAGUAGGAUUGUUAAUGAGCUGGACUCUAUUCAUUUCUCGAUUAAGAAGGCUUCUCAGCUGGUCAAGGAAAUUGGUAGGCAGGUUGCUACUGAUCGGUGCAUUAUGGCCUUUCUCUUCCUUAUUGUUAUCGGUGUCAUAGCUAUCAUUAUUGUUAAGCUUGUAAAUCCACAUAACAAAGACAUUCGGGAUAUUCCUGGAUUUGCCCCUCCUGCUCCUAGUAGAAAGUUGCUUUGGAGUCCUAAUUGAGGAAUGCUACAAGCAGACAUUGCAGAAUGCCAUCAGAUAUGCUAUUUGGUUGGAUGGAGUAUUAGCUUAGCAUGCAGUGCUCUUGGAGGCACCCUACUUUGAUGAAGCCUGAUCUGGUAUGAAGGAGUGUAUUUAAUGGACAGAAUGGUUUGCUGAACCCAUCUGAGUUGCGUAGUUUUGCAAGUUAGUCUCUGAUAUGGCUUUGCUUGUCUAUUUGAGUUGCUUUGAUUGGGAAAUGUUUGUAUGUUUAUUUUUUUCAAAAAUUAUGAGCGAGGGAACGAUUUGCAUUUGAGUGCAGAAAUUCUGAGAUACUUACACUCAUGAUCGUAUUUGUUCAUACUCAAUAUUGUAUAAUCAUACCAGCUUUUGAGUGCGGAAAAAUGUGUUUGAUAU